AGGAGAAGAAGAAGAAGAAGAGACUGCGGUGAUAAACAAAUACACGCAGCGGAGUCGGGAGAGUCUGGUGGAGCUGUGUCGGGACACUUGACAGCUAGUUCACUUUCGGGAAAGCCUACCUUCUUCAUGGACGGAGUUUAACAUAACCUGAUUUUAAACAAAGAAGAAGAAGAAGAAGAAAUCCAGGACUUUCUUGUGUUUGUUUUUAAAGAAAAAAAAAAAAAAAAAAAACUGAAGGAUUUUACCCUCCUCUCCCUCCCUUUCUAACCUCUGAGUCGGCUUAUGUGACAUUAACGUCCCGGAGGAGAAACGAGCGAAACAUGACGGAGCUGAGGAAGCGAGGAGGAGGCGGGGGAGAUACUGACAGCACCGAUAAUAUCAGCGACAAGGAGGCUGAAGGCGAGGACAGGCUGGGCCUGUCAGGCGACGCAGAGGGAGAAUGUGAUGUUGACCCCAAAGCAGACACUCCAGACGUUCCCCUCUCCACGGCAGACACGGACAACACUCCACAAUACCUGAACAAAGCUCUGGAGGGGCUGCCACCCAGAUGGAAGAACUACUGGAUACGAGGAGUUUUGUCUUUAGCCAUGAUUUCAGGCUUUUUUCUCAUCAUCUAUAUGGGACCUGUGACUCUUAUACUGGUGGUCAUGACUGUGCAGAUCAAGUGUUUCCACGAAAUCAUCACCAUUGGCUACAGAGUUUACCAUUCCUAUGAGCUGCCAUGGUUCAGAACACUAAGUUGGUACUUCCUGAUUUGUGUCAACUACUUCUUCUAUGGUGAAACUGUUGCAGAUUACUUUGGGGCUCUGGUGCAGAGGGAGGAGCCUCUGCAAUUCCUGGCUCGCUAUCACCGCUUCAUUUCCUUCGCUCUGUACCUGGCAGGUUUCUGCAUGUUUGUGCUGAGUUUAGUGAAGAAACAUUACCGCCUGCAGUUUUAUAUGUUUGCUUGGACCCAUGUGACCCUGUUGAUUGUGGUAACUCAGUCCCACCUUGUCAUUCAGAACCUGUUUGAAGGAAUGAUCUGGUUCAUUGUCCCCAUAUCCAUCGUAAUCUGCAACGACAUCAUGGCCUAUCUGUUUGGAUUCUUCUUUGGGAGAACACCACUCAUCAAGCUUUCACCAAAAAAGACGUGGGAAGGCUUCAUCGGGGGUUUCUUCUCCACGGUGGUGUUUGGCUUCAUUCUGGCCUACCUUUUGUCUCAGUUCCAGUACUUCGUGUGUCCCGUGGGCUUCAACAGCGAGACCAACAGCUUUACAGUUGAAUGCGAGCCCUCUGAUAUCUUUGUGAUGCAGGAGUACACAGUUCCUGCUGUGCUGCAAAACACUCUGGGAUGGAAAACGGUGAACAUGUAUCCCUUCCAGGUCCACAGCAUCUUCCUGUCUUCCUUCGCGUCUCUUAUCGGACCAUUUGGUGGCUUCUUUGCCAGUGGCUUCAAGCGAGCAUUUAAAAUUAAGGACUUCGCCAGCACCAUCCCUGGUCACGGAGGCAUCAUGGACCGCUUCGACUGUCAGUACCUGAUGGCCACAUUCACUCACGUCUACAUCGCCAGCUUCGUCAGAGGCCCGAACCCCAGCAAGGUGUUGCAGCAGCUGUUGAUGCUUCAGCCUGAGAAGCAGCUCAGCAUCUUCCACACUCUGCACUCCCACCUGAAAGAGAGGGGCAUGCUGCCCCCGCCUGCCACACAGGCCGAGUGAGAGCUCGCCAGCCUCGCAGGAUGAUGACAGGGAGGUGUAAGAUGGUUCUGGUAGUUCGUGUAAGCAUGUGCACACACAUAGACACACAUGCAGAACAUGUGUGUGAUCCCAGGCCUCUGUCAGGGUGCCCGUCAUCACCCUGUCGGCUCUUUUUAUCAACUUCUAACAAGCUCAAAAUCACAACCUGGAAUCUGGAGUGAUUCUUCAGACAAGCGACAAACUUGAAAAGAGUAAAAAAAAAAAAAAACUUUCUUUGCUUAAACAGUCACCAUCCCCAAAAAAUCCCAUAAACAUUCAGACUGAAGAUCAAACUGGACUAAAGUAACUUUGAAGCACAGGGCAUUCCCGGGACAGGUGGAUCGUGGAUGUGCUGUUUUGCUGUGGAAAAGCCGUCAUUGCACUGACUUCUGCUGUGAAUGAAAAAAAAAAAGAAGGAGCUUCUACGAGCAUAAACUGGGCCCAAAGUGUUGGGCACAUGGACCUGAGCUGCAGCAAACAGACUGCUGAGACCCGUUUCUGUGGGUAUGGGGUUGGGUGAAAUCAUCGCGCAGCGGAGACGUCAAACGUACUGAAGACACUUUUCGUUUUACAGACUGUGCUGUAUUUCAUGGUACUUCACAGCUUAAACUAAACAUGUAGCAUGUUUGCAAGUCCUGCCUUAGGCUGCCGCUAAAUGACGCUCAUUCUUCACCUCGGCGUGAACGUUUAGCUUUUACAUUUCUGACUAAACCAACUGGCACAAUACUGGCCGACACAGAUCGACCGUAGGCAUGACACCCCAGAAAGUAGAGCCUCAUCUGCACUCAACAUAAAUAAUAAAACACAUAUAAAUAUACUGAAAAUAUUUAGCUAAACAAAUACAUAAUAUAUAACAGUGUACUGUAAGACCUGCUGUGUGGGAAAAAACACUUAAGUUAUGAGAAAUGAUGUUUGUAUCCUUUAGCAUGAACAAAGUAGAUUUUUAUCAGGUAGCGACGUAGAUCUGAGCUGAGGUUAUUUAGAGGGUGUUGUGGGUGAACUUUUAUUAGAGAUUGUGAUGAGAAAAUAACAUGUUAUUUGAGAAAUGCACUCAUUGUUUUUUUGUCUUCGAGUUAGAUAAGAAGAUCACACCACUCUUGUUUAUCUCAUGAGUAAUAAGAAGUAACAGUUUCUUAAAUCUUCCUGUAAAGCUCACACUGUUGCAGUCGGCACAUUCAUUCAAAGCAGCUAACGUGAACGCAGCAGAAAGCUGCAAACUUCACUAGAAAUAAUCAGAAUUUACAUUUUCUGACCUGGUUUCUUCGGCCCUCUUUUCACUUGAGAUUAAAAAGCUCCAUUCUGUCAUAUCUCCUGCGCAUCAGUGCUACAUCUACUGUGGAAAUGAGCUUAUAUGGUGUCAGACUAUAUUAAGUUGGAAAAAGCAGCAUACUUGGAUGCUGUGGUUUGAGUUUGUUUCUUCAGAUCCACGUUACGUGAAGCCCUGUGACAGCUUUUCAUCGUGUGCUCCUGAAAAACAUUACGAGAUUUUGAGUUGAGAUACAGACAUGUGACCAGAAAAGCUCUCUGUAAUACAACAGUCAGAUCAUAUUAAAUCCCACAACUCUUUUUGAGUUGGAAAGCUGUUUUCCCACAUCAAUGCAACUUUAUUAUAUCCAGGUUUAAAAUAUUAUGUAACUAGAGAAGCGGCCGUGUCUGAAAUUAUUUAUUUUUAACGCCAUAAUCUCGAGAUUAUGAAGCACGUUUUCACAUAAGAUCAGUUUUCUCAUAAUUUAGGAGGGAGUGGUGGUCUAGGGAUUACAGAGGAGGCUUGGGUCUGGAGUCCCCCGGUGGGCCCUUGAGCAAGGCCUUUAACUCCUCUCAACUGCUCCCUGAGUGCUGAAACAUGGCAGCCCACUGCUCUCUGGUUCAUCUAGCGACGGGUCAAAUGCAGACCUGAACCUACUGUUUUUUUUUUUAGAUGAUUGAGGUUAGCUCAAAGCUGUUAGCAGCUAAUUUAGUUGCAGUUGGUCGUAAUGUGUGACAGUAAGUCGAGGGAAGCCUGUAAUAUUCUGUCUGCUUUCCUGAACUUGUACACAGAAAGACCUCUUUGUUUUAGAUUUGUUCAUAAAGAAAUGUUUUUUCGAGAUUAAAAGUAGUUAACAUUUGCCAAACAUGGCCACUCUCAGCUUCAGUACAUGACUGCGUUGAUCUGUUUUUUGUUCAUUGUGUAACAGUCACAAAGAUCUAUGAAGGAAAAAAAUCAUAUGAACUGUUUCUGAUCACUGCAAAAAAAAAAAAAAAUUAUCAGUUUAAAAUGAAACAGCUAUAAAUAUUUGGCCAGCGACUCCUUUUACACGGGAGAAAAGCCAUGUUCCUGUUAUGAAAGGAGCAUAAAAGAUAAAUACUCUUCAGAGGUGAUGAAGAAGAAAUCAGAGGCAUAUACUUGAUUUUUUUUUACCUCAUGUUCACACACAAUACUUGCUUGUGUACUACGGUUGUUACCAGAAUAUUCCACUAGGGGGUGCAGGAGAGAACUCAGAUCAGAUCGAGUAGCUAGAGUCUGAUCUCUACUGGUUACUCGAGUAUUGCAGCUUGUAGCAUUACUUUCACCACAAACAACCGCAUUAGCGAACACGAAACAUGUGCAGCAACCAUGACUAACGUGUGCGUGUAAUUAAAAGCAAGUCCUUUCUUAGCCUUAGUGGUUGCGGGUGCUGUUUUGUGGGACGUAUGACAUGCUAUACGUCUGCAGAAGUAUGACCGUAAGCGGAGGCCGAACCUGCUCAACAACACGCCCACAAACACAAAAGAUUGACUGUAAACCAAGUCUGAAACUGCAAAUUGAGGUUUUUAUGUGUGAGCUUCACAGGAACGACGAGCGGAUUCAGGCUCAAAUCUCAACUUCCAAAAAUUUGGAAUAAUUUCUUAAAAACAAUGUAAAGCUCCCUUUGUUGAUAUUUGUUUUGGUUUAUGCGGGGAGGGAUGGGGGUGUUUGGGUUCUUGCACAUCUUAUAUGGGUAAGUUUUGAAUGUAGUUUGCAAUAUAAGAUGUUAUCAAUGAUAACAUGAGAUGUGAUUAUUUGUUAAGCUUGUAUACUGUCUGAUGUGUCUUUACAGUAAAUGCACAGCUGUAAUUACACACAUCUGGAAGUACAUGAAGAAUUGUGGGAGAUGGUUUUAUGAGCAAUAUUAUAUCUUAUGCAAGUUGAUGUUUGACUCCAACAAAGAAGGACUGAAUUAGUUUCUAUAGGAAAUCUGUGGCGACGACUCAGAACAAUGAAGUAUGUUACUGCGCUGCGUUCGCAACGAGAUUCUCAUUUCUUCAGAGAGGAAUGUUUACCAAAGCACUGUCUGAUCAUCGCCGAUUUCCUUCCCAAAAAGAAAGCUGCGGGGCCUGGGGCCAACCAGUCAGAUCCCUCCGUCCCCCCGCAACCUGCUGCUUAUCUGGAAAAAAACAAAACCAAACCCAAAGCAGGGACCGGAGCGUUUGGACCUGGGCUGCAGAUCGGUAUGCUAACAUUAGCAUGUGUUUUAGCCUUGUUGUGUUUGCUACAGAGACGAUAUAAUUUGUUCUGUUGAUGUUUUUCUCAUAGAAGUGCAUUUAGGAAAUAUUUACUAUUUAAAGCAAUGGGUUGCUGGGUAGAUUCUACUGUAUAAACCCCAUCACUAACAGCACACACACACCCAGACGUCAGCGCUGCAGCAGCCUGACCAAAACUGGGACACGGACUUAAACUCAUGUAGUUUUAGGAGUCUGGAGUGAACCAUCGGAGUAAGUAACAUUAAACAUUUUAGGGCUGCAGUUUCUGAAAGAUUUUAAAAGACCAUCAGCUGCACCAAUAAAUAAUUCACCUUCUAGCUCUCUCAAAUAAAUAAUGACAAAAAUUAGACAUGCAUGUUUAAAUUUUAAUCCUCCUCAUGAUUAAAUUGUUUAUUCGACAGAUAUGAGCCAAGACCAUAACACUUACAGGAACGGUCUGACCUGAGGUUUUUACUGGUUCCAAAACAAAAUAUAUUCAAGCUUUUUAUUCACAUAUUUAGAUGGCUAUUUUGAUAACUGAUAUAUUUAUACCCUCUCAUUGGCUGAGCUUUCCCUCUAUUUAAACUCACAGGUUAAAUUCUUAUGAUAAACUUGUCAGAAAACAGCCUUACAGUUCCCCGAAGAAGCCAAACAUUCAAACCCGUACU